AUGAGUGCAGGUGAUAUGGAAGACUUGCUAGCCAGUGAGUAUCAGCCAAAGCUUUUGAAGCAUGUAGCAGCACUAAGGGAGGUGUGUGUGGGCUCUGGUGGCUGGUUCAGCUGGGUUGUGGUAGCCACUUUGACUAGUUGUUACUCAGCAGGUCCCUGCAAUCCAGAAUGCAGUAAAGUAGGGUGUGAUGGGCCAGGACCAGAUCAUUGUACUGACUGUCUGCACUACUACUACAAAUCUAAGAACAACACACGGAUCUGUGUUUCGACCUGCCCACCUGGUCACUACAAUGCAGACAAGAAACGCUGUAAAAAAUGCUCACCCAAUUGUGAAACCUGUGUUGGAGGCCAUAGUGACCAGUGCAUGACCUGUAAAUCUGGCUACUACCUGAAUGAAGUAACCAAUAGCUGUAUUACCAACUGCCCUGAUGGGUUUUACCUGGAUAAGAAUAUGAUUGUUUGCCGAAAAUGUAGUGAAAACUGUAAGACAUGUAUUGAAUUCCAAAUCUGCACAGAAUGCAAACAUGGCCUAAGUUUGCAUGGCACUAAAUGUGCUAUCCGCUGUGAAGAAGGGAAAUACCAUAAUGGUAGAGAAUGUGAACCAUGUCAUCGUUCUUGUGCAACAUGUGCAGGUGCUGGAGUGGACGGCUGUAUAAACUGUACACAGGGUUAUUUUAUGGAAGAUGGAAGAUGUGUGCAGUCCUGCAGUAGUGGUUAUUACCUUGAUCAGUCUACUGAAAGUGGAUACAAAAGCUGCAAAAGAUGUGAUGCCAGCUGUUUGGAUUGCAGUGGUCAAGGAGACAGAAACUGUACAAGCUGUCCAAGUGGGUAUAACCUAGACACUGGUGUCUGUGUAGUGGGAACAGUCUGCAAGGAUGGGGCCUAUCUUGAUGAUUCCCAAGAAUGUCGGUUGUGUGAAGCAUCCUGUCAGAAGUGCAUUGGACCUGAGGUAGAUGACUGCAUCAGUUGCUCACGCACAAGGGUCUUUGAUGAUGGUCGCUGUGUUAUGCAAUGCCCCAAAGGAAAGUUUGAAUUCAAAGGACAAUGUCAUUUAUGCCACCAUACCUGUCUGGACUGCAGUGGAAGUGAACCAAACAAAUGUACCGCUUGUGGAACAGAUAGCAGAGGGAUUGAACGUUUCCUGUAUCAUGGGGAGUGCAGAGAGAGCUGUCCUCCAGGUCACUACCAUUCAGAGCACACCUGCGUGGCUUGCUCUGGCCACUGUGAGGUGUGUCUGGACUCCAGCCACUGCAAGAGAUGUCUCAGAGGCUACUACCUUACUCAAAACAUAUGUCAGAAGCACAGUUGUAGAGAAGGUGAAGUGGAAGACCCUGACUCUGAAGAUUGCAUACCAUGUUUAGAUGGAUGCCAGAACUGUAAAUUGGUUGUGGUACUUGUAAUUCAGCAGGCACACCUGAAGACGUAUAAGCAGCACUGCUAUAAAUACUGCCCAGAAAACACUUACAGAGAUGAAAGUUCUCUUCAAUGUCAAGAUUGUCCUAGCAGCUGUGAUAGCUGUGACAAGGACAAAUGUGACUCGUGUAAGGAAGGCUUUUAUCUCUCAGGUGGCACAUGUGUGCAUGAGUGUGGAGAUGGGUUCUUCACUGAUGACAUCUCUAGAGAAUGUGAACCUUGCCACCGGAGCUGUGCAACAUGUGUUGGGUACAGCUAUAAGAACUGUACUGGGUGCAAAAACAGUUUUCAGCUAUCUCAUGGGCAGUGUCUGAAUCCAAGAAAUUCUUCACCCAGCGGGAAGUUCUGGAGUG